UACAGCCAGAUCCAGCGACGACGAACGCACAUGUCUGCUUCGAGGCGCAACGAAGGGACCGCACGGACCUUUUGGAAGAUUGUCGCCUCGUAUUCGCUCGAUUGGGUCAUGACCUUUCUCCUUGCCGGCUUAUUGGCCCUGAUCAAUGAUGUCUAUGGCUUCCGACGCGAGUUCAGCCUGACCGACACCUCGAUUCAGCACACCUUUGCCACCUCGGAGCGCGUUCCGGUCUGGCUCCUCGUCGUGCUGGCUGUCAUUGUGCCAAUUGUGAUCCUCGCCAUCGUCUCGCUCGGCGUCACGCGAAGCGUCUGGGACUUUCAUGCGAGCCUGCUCUCAUUCAUCCUCACGCAUGCCAUCGUCGUGACGGCCACCACGAUGCUCAAGGUCACCGUGGGUCGGCCGCGACCAGACCUGAUCGACCGCUGCCAGCCGGCGGCCGGGAGCACAAAUCGGACACCGUACGGACUGGCGACGCAAUCCGUCUGCACGGUCGCGCUCGACUCGAGCAAGCUCCGCGAUGGCUUCCGUUCCUUUCCCUCGGGCCAUUCGUCGACGGCCUUUGCGGGCCUCACUUUUCUUUCCCUCUACCUGGCUGGCAAGCUGCACCUGGCGCACCGGACGCGCGCACACGCCGCCACGCAGUGGAUCGUCUUCUUUCCCAUGAUUGGCGCUGCCCUCAUUGCCGUGAGCCGGACGAUGGACUACCGGCACCACGCCACCGACGUCAUUGCCGGCAGCAUCCUCGGAGCAAUCGUCGCCUUUGUCACUUACUUUUUCUAUUUCCCCCCACUCCGGCACCGAGACUCGCACAAGCCCUGGGCCCCACGA